UCCCAACUCUCCACCACCACCCACCACCCACCACCCUCAUGGCGCCCAUCGUCAAUACUACUACCGUCAAGCUUGGCAUCAACGGCUUUGGCCGCAUCGGCCGCCUCGUCUGCCGCGCCGCAUUUGCCAACCCCAACGCGACGGUCGUCGCCAUCAACGACCCGUUCAUGGACCUGGACUACAUGGUCUACCUCUUCAAGUACGACUCGACGCACGGCGGCUACAAGGGCACGGUCGAGGCCAAGGACGGCAACCUCGUCAUUGACGGCCACGUCGUCCGCAUCUUUGCAGAGCGCAACCCGGCGCAGAUCCCGUGGGGCGACGCCGGCGCCGACUACGUCUGCGAGUCCACCGGCGUCUUCACGACGACCGAGGCGGCCAGCCAGCACAUCAACGGCGGCUGCAAGAAGGUCAUCAUCUCGGCGCCGCCCAAAGACAGCACGCCCAUGUACGUCAUGGGUGUCAACCACGACAAGUACGACGGCUCCGCGCACGUCGUCUCGAACGCCUCGUGCACGACCAACUGCCUCGCACCGCUCGCCAAGGUCAUCCACGAUCACUUUGGCAUCAUUGAAGGCUUGAUGACGACGGUGCACGCCGUGACGGCCAACCAGCUCACGGUCGACGGACCGUCGCGCGGCGGCAAGGACUGGCGCGCCGGUCGUGGCGCCGGCGCCAACGUGAUUCCGGCCUCGACGGGCGCGGCCAAGGCCGUCGGCAAGGUGCUGCCCGAACUGAACGGCAAGCUCACGGGCAUGGCGUUCCGCGUGCCGGUGCCCGACGUCUCGGUCGUCGACCUCACGGUGCGCCUCGAACGCGGCGCGUCGCUCGCAGCGAUCAAGGCAGCCGUGAAAGCAGCGUCCGAAGGUCCGAUGGCCGGCAUCCUCGGCUACACCGAGGACGAGGUCGUGUCGCAGGACUUUGUCUCGGACAAGCGCUCGUCCAUCUUUGACGCCAACGCAUGCAUUGCGCUCAACGACCACUUUGUCAAGCUCGUGUCGUGGUACGACAACGAGUGGGGCUACUCGAACCGCCUCGUCGACCUCGUGCUGCACAUGGCGACGAUCGACCAAAAGUAAAGGUUGUCGCUGCACAGUCGCGACGCGGACGAUCGAAGGACGCAAGAAGACGCGACAGCAUCAUCUCAAGAUGCGUUUUGCACUGAUUUUUAUGGCCGGCGGAAGCGCACGCCGGGCCUCGUAGCUCGUUAGAUAGCUGACUAUUGAUUAUGAAUAUAUACACCGUACUAUCACAA